UGAGAUAGUUUCAAAACAUUCCAGGCCUAUCAACAAAGCCACAAGAAGCUAAUGGAACAGUAUUACAUCCAAAUUGGAACCAGCAUGACCUCCCACGACCAAUGCGAAAAGAUCUACCGGCCAUCUGCCACCAUUAUUAUAUCCGCCAAAAGUGAUGCAACGGAACGGGGAUAUAAUUACAGAAUACUGCUAGCUAAAAGAUCUUAUAAAACUGCAUUUGCUCCCGAGCAUUAUGUUUUUCCUGGUGGUGUUUUUGAUGCCAAGGCCGAUGAAUCUAUCGAAUGGUUAGAACAUUUUGCAAAUUAUGGCGUAUCCGACAAAGACUUGCACAGCCUAUGCUUAGAACAUUUACCAAAUAGACCAACACCCCUGAUGACAAACAAGAAAUAUUUUUCUCGCGACAUUUCUUUGCGUAUCACUGCAAUCAGGGAAGCAUUUGAAGAAGUGGGCCUAUUGCUAUGCAUAACAAAGGAACAGUUUAAUGGAGGAAAGUUUGGUUGCGGCCACUUCGUGGACAAUUUUGAUAAGGUCCUUUGGCAAAAAAGAGUCCAUAACAAUUCAAUGGAAUUUCUUAACUUGUGUAAAUAUUUAAAUGUAAUUCCAGACUUAUGGUCAUUACAUGAAUGGAGUAUAUGGCGCAGUCCACCGGCCGCCUUAAAGAAAUAUGAUACAGUUUUGUAUUUUGUAGCCUUGGACAGAUUGCCAACAUUGGUUUUGGAACCCAGUGAGGUGGAGAAGGAAUUGUGGGUCUCCCCAGCAAGUGCCCUAAAUAUGUUUAAGAGCCGCAAUAUCUGGCUACCACCUCUCCAGUUUUAUGAAAUUUCUCGUCUUACAAAUAUUUUAGAUUGGUCAAAACUUAGAGAUUUUGUGAAAAAGAGAAGUUCCUACGGCAGCACGUUACUGGUGCUGGCUUACUACCGCUGUAACGACAUUCUUGUAGGAACAUUGCCAAAUGAUGAUUUCUAUCCCAAAGAACCAAUGGAUAACCGGGAAACAGUUGUGGUAGAAGAAACGCCCUCUGAGUUCCAUAACAAAGCCAAAUAUCUUCACCGUAUAGUCUACAAAGAUAUGCAUGAUAUGUCAAUAAUUUGCAAUAUUCCAGGUUUGGAUGGCCAUUUGCGACCGAAUCAACGUUUGGCCGAAGGUAAUGAGAAGAGUAAAUUAUAGUAAAGUCAUACAACUUCUAAUAAUAAAUUGUGA